GAGGGACUUGCCGGUUACUAACGCGCCCUUCCCCGGAACCAAAGGGUCGCGCGCCUUGCGACGGAAGGGUUUGAGUGGCGCACUCGUUCAUCCUUCCUGCGCUGUGUUUCCGGCGGUGGGGCGCUUCUGGCUGCGCUGUUAGCUGGCGCUGCUGCUGAAGAGAACAAUCACUAGGCUUAUGGCAGGGAUUUUGCGCUCAGUAGUUCAGAGGCCCCCAGGCAGGCUACAGACUGUGACAAAAGGUGUGGAGUCUCUGAUUAGUACAGUCUGGAUUCGUCACAAAUUUACCAAAUCAAAAAUUCCAGAUAAAGUAUUUCAGCCUUCACCAGCAGAUCAUGAAAAAUACGGUGGGGAUCCACAGCACCCUCAUAAACUACACAUUGUUACCAGAAUAAAAAGUACAAAAAGACGUCCAUAUUGGGAAAAAAACACAAUAAAGAUGCUUGGAUUAGAAAAAGCACAUACCCCUCAAGUCCACAAGAAUAUCCCUUCAGUGAAUGCAAAACUGAAAAUGGUUAAACAUUUGAUAAGAAUCCAGCCCCUGAAACUGCCACAAGGACUUCCAACAGAAGAAAACAUGUCUACCACGUGCCUCAAGAGCAAUGGGGAAUUAGUCCUGCAGUGGCAUCUGAAGCCGGUGGAGGAGGAAGCAGUUAAGUCCUGACAUUGCAGCUUCAGAUUAAAAAGUGCAAAUCAUUUGUAUUUAAAGUUGGUGAGAAAAUGUUUUCAUUAAAAUAUUUAAGAUGUAUUUU